AUGGACGAUAUGCAGAAAAUCGACCACCUGACGAAACGUUCCAGUGAACUCCUGGCUGAUAUGCGACGCCUUGAGAAGGAGAACCAAAGGAACAAGAAGCGAGGCGAUACUCUACAAAAGGAGCGGGAUAGCAGUCGAACGGAACUUGGCAAGACAGUUGGAUUGAAGGAGAAGCUUGAAAAACUGUGUCGUGAGUUACAGCGGGACAACAACAAGAUGAAGAAUGAGAACAAGGAACUCCAGACUACACAGAAGCGGAAUAAUAUUUCCUGGGAUGAGAAAUUCUCCACUGUUUUAUCCAAAUUGGAAGGCUACCAGGAAGAGAAAGACACCCCGCGAAAACAGGUGGUGGACAUGGAAGUUGAUGAACUAUUCCGUGUCAGGUUCAAGUCUUUCAUUGAACAAUACGAACUGCGUGAGCUACAUUUCCACUCCCUUAUGCGAACAAAGGAACUGGAAGUUCAAUAUCACCAAUCGCGAUAUGAACGAGAGAAGAAAACCGCGGAAGCCGAGGCGAGCAAAGCGCGCCAUCUGCAAGCCCAAGUACAGGCUUUUACCAAGACAGAAACUGAGCUUCGAAAUCAGUUGAAUGUCUAUGUUGAGAAGUUCAAACAGGUGGGAGAUUCCAACGAUUUGUUCUUGUCGUUUCGAAAGGAAAUGGAAGACAUGACCAAAAAGAGCAAGCGACUGGAAAAGGAAAAUGAAGCACUUAAGAGACAGAAAGAUGCAACGGCCGCUAACAUCAUCCGCAUGGCUGAAGAACGUCAAGGGUGGAAGAAGCAAGUGGACUCUGCCGAGAAAAAGGUGAACAAACUCAUGAGUAUCAUACAGCAGAUGCAGCACCAGGGACGAAAGGGUCCGCCAGGACUAGCCAGCGUCAUGGAAAACGUGUAUUCAGACAACCAAGGGGGUGCUGAGGGCGACGACGAGAGCGAUUAUUCAAAUGAAGGCGAAGGUGAGGAACUGAGCGAGUUCGACGACGAUACUGAGGAGGAGCCUCAGCCUGUGCAGAAACAGCCCGCGCCAGUACCGUACGGACCAGAACGACCACCAGCACCCACUCAGCAGCAAGCAACUGCAGCUACCAACGGACAUUAG